GAUAUUGUGCGGGGAUUAAUUGAUGAACUUAUAUAGUCUUGAAUUGAUGUGCUUAGGAAUUGCUUAGGAAGAACUUGGGCUUAAAAUUAUUGAAGUUGUGUAUACCUUUCUGGCUCCUUCAUGUUCACACUGGGCAUUUUGUAAUUGCUAAUAAUGUCUAUGUUCAAGUCAGCCUUAAAUUAUUUCAAUGAUUCUAGUACAGUGCAAAACAAUGAAUUUGUUGGGCAAGUCGUGGAACUUGGGAACGCCAAGAUGCGUGUUAAGAAGCAGAUUGGAGAAGGUGGAUUUGCUUUUGUUUAUGUCGCUCAAGAAGUAACCAGUGGGAAAUAUUUUGCCCUGAAGCGCCUGCUCAGCUCUGAUGCUGAUGUAGACAAGGUUAUAAGACAAGAGAUUGGGUUACUUAAAAAGCUGUCAGGCCAUCCCAACAUCAUCCGCUACCUGACUGCUGCUGCCAUCGACAAGUCUCAGUCUGGCCAUGGCCGGAAUGAGUAUCUGGUUGUCACAGAACUCUGCACAGGUGGCAACAUGGUGGACGUGCUGCGCCUGGCGGGCCGCGCUCUGCCCGCCGACCAGGUCUGCCAGAUCAUGUACCAGACGUGCAAGGCCGUCCAGCACCUGCACAGCCAGGAGCCGUGCGUGCUGCACCGCGACCUGAAGAUCGAGAACCUGCUGAUCGGCGACGACGGUCUGAUCAAGCUGUGCGACUUUGGCUCGGCCACCACUCAGAUGCACUACCCGGACCCGUCUUGGUCGGCCAUCCAGCGCUCUCUGCUGGAAGACGAGAUGGCCAAGCACACGACACCGAUGUACCGGGCGCCCGAGAUGCUCGACACGUGGAACAACCACCGGAUCGACACGCAGGCCGACAUCUGGGCGCUGGGCUGCGUACUCUACCUGCUCUGCUACAACCGGCACCCCUUCGAGGACUCGGCCAAGCUGCGCAUCAUCAACGGCAACUACACCAUACCGGAGGGCGACACCAAGUACCAGCACUUCCACCAGCUGAUCCGCGGGAUGCUGAAGGUGGACCCGGGCGAGCGUAUGACGAUCUCGGACGUUCUGGAGCGACUGGUGGCCAUCGGAGAGUCGUUCGACCUGCCGCUCAAGGAGCCGCUUCACCUGAAAGGCGCCAAAAUCGACACAUCCGGCGGUCCCGGUGGAGCGGGCGCUGCGGGGGCCCCGGUCCAGGGCAGCCCCCAGUCGGCGCGGGCCGCGCCCGCCCCGCCGCGGCCUGCCCAGCAGAGCGCGCCGCAGGGCUCUCCGGCCCGGCCGCCGCCCCCGCAGCAGCAGCAACAGGCGCCGCCGGCCGCCGCCGGCGCCUCUGCCGGGUCCUCCGGCCAGGCCGCCGGACUGUUCUCGUCGCUCCGCGGUGGCGCCGGCAACCUGUUCAAAAACAUCGUCGACACCUCCAAGAAUGUCAUGCAAACAGUGCAAUCGUCGAUGGGUAACCGUGACCUGGACAUCAGCUACAUCACGUCUCGGCUGAUCGUGAUGUCGUACCCCGCCGAGGGCAUCGAGUCCGCCUACCGGAAUCACCUGGAUGAUGUGAGGGCGCUGCUCGACAGCCGACACCCGGGCCACUACUGUGUUUACAACAUAUCGGGACGCACCUACAACCCGGCCAAAUUCCCCACCAAGGUGGUGGACAAGACGUGCCACCCGGGCCGGGCACCCACCAUCUUCGCUCUGUACUGGCUUUGCCAGGACAUGUACGCCUACCUCAGCAAGGACACGCGCAACGUCUGCGCAGUGCACUGCAUCGACGGCAAAGCGACGUCAGCCACCCUGCUCUCCUCCCUGCUCAUGUUCUGCCAGUUCUUUACGUCGCCCGAGCAGGGUCUGAACCUGUUCGCCGUGAAGCGGUGUCCGCCCGGCCUGACGCCCUCCCAAAUCAGGUACCUGGGCUACAUGCGCCGUAUGGUGGUCGGGCCGGAGCCCAAGGUGCCGCACCUCCAGCCCGUGACGCUCACCUCCAUCACGCUGCAGCCGGUGCCGCUCUUCACAAAACUCAGGGACGGCUGCCGUCCGUACGUGGAGAUCUGGCAGGGAGGUGAGAUCAUCGUCAGCACGCUGCAGGACUACGAGAACCUGCGCCACUUCAACCCGGCAGACAGAAAGGUGGUGCUGCCCGUCAACCUCAGCCUGUGCGGCGAUGUGACGGUGGUGGUGUACCACGCGCGCCGCGUCAUGGGCCGCGUCACGGGCGUGCGCAUCGCCCAGCUGCAGUUCCACACCGGCUUCGUGGACGAGGAGGAGACCAGCAUCCGGUUCGCCAGGUGUGAGCUGGACGACGUGACCGAGCCGGACCGGUACCCGCCGCAAUUCGUCACCACCGUCAAUGUGUUCGUCUCGGACACGGAGAAACAGGCGCGCUUCCCGCUACCCUGGAGCGGCGCCCGGCCGGCCGACAACACGCCCGACGUGCUGUUCGCCAACCGCACGGAAAUGGAGGAGACCCUGGACAGAUUCGCCGAUGUUCGUGAGAUGGCGCUGGGCCGGCCGGCGCGGCCUCCACCCCCGGCCCGUCCGCCGCCGCCGGGCACAGCCGCCGCGCCCUCUUCCAGUCCGGGCCCGCAGCGGAGGCCGCCGGCCGACAUCAUAUCCGGCCUCAACUGGCAGAAACCGGAGCAGGUGGCAGCGCCGACAGAGCUAUCGGACGACGAGGAGCCUCCAGAGCUGCCACCGCGGAGCCGGCCCCCCGAGCAGGCGCUGCUCGACCUGGGCACCUCCACCGACGGCGCCGCCCCCGCCCCCGCCCAGACCGAACAGCUCAGCCAGGGCAUCGACCUGCUGGGUCUGGGAGAGACAGCUCCGGCAGCGGCCGGCACCGCCCAGCCGCCGCCGCCGUCCAAUGUGGACCUGCUGUUCGGCGGCGGCCCGCCCGCCGCCGCCGCCGCCCCCGCUCCGGCCGCUCCGACCACCUCCUCCAACAUGUUCGAUCCGUUCGGACUCAACACGCCGGCACCCAACCUGGCGCCGCCCGCGCAGGCGUCUCCGCUGCACCAGUCGUCGAGCACGGGCAACUUCCGUCAGCAGGCGGCCGCCGACGGUGACCUGAUGGGCGACUGGGGCAGCACGCUGACGGCGCCGGCCGCCAGCGCCAUGCACCGGAACGCGUCGCAGCCGAACCUGCGCACGGCCGCCGGCCAGCCGCCACUCCAGCAGCAGCAGUCGCCCGUCCGGGACCCGUUCGCCGAUCUCGGUAACCUGGGCGGAGCGCGCGGCCCAACGCCCACCUGGGGUCAGCCGUCGCCGGCGGGCUCGCCACACCACGCGGCCCGUCCACCGCGGCCGGCCGGGACGGCCACCAACGGCCAGCCGGGCGGCUGGGCCGGGGCUCAGCAGCCGCAGCAGCCGGCCGCCGGGCCCGCCCGACCCAACUACUCGCGCAGCGCCUUCGACGCGGCGAACAAACCCGACGACGCGACCGGGACCGGCGGGCGGCAGAAGGUCUCGGCCGACACCUUCGGGGACCUGCUCGGCUCCCAGGGGUUCAACUUCACACCCAAACAGGACGCCGGCCCAAAGACCAUCAACGAAAUGAAGAAGGCCGACAUGGCCAAGGAGAUGGACCCCGACAAGCUGAAGAUUGUGAACUGGACCGAGGGCAAGCAGCGCAACAUCCGCGCGCUGCUGUGCAGCAUGCACAAGGUGAUCUGGGACGGCUGCCGGUGGCAGGAGUGCCAGAUGAACCAGCUCGUCACGCCCACGCACGUCAAAAAGAUGUACCGCAAGGCCUGUCUGGCGGUACAUCCAGACAAGCAAACUGGCUCGGAGAACGAGAAGAUGGCCAAGCUGAUAUUUAUGGAGCUGAACGACGCGUACUCCGAGUUUGAGAACGACGAGACGCAGCAGAAUCUGUUCGGCCACUAGUCGGCGCCGCCGCCGGCCGCCGCAGUGGUGCGUAGAGCGUAGUGCAGUGUAGCGGGCCGCCGAGUGGCCUUCGGGCCCCCGGCGCGCUCAUUUUGUGAUAUACGAGCGUCAUCUCUCAGUCAUUAUCGUUGUUUUAGAGAUUGUUUCUGACCAUUGCCGAGGUUGUUAUGUAUGGGUGUGCGCGGCGCGGCGGGGCGGGCCUGUACCAGCGGCAGUAUUCACUAUACUCCAGAGCAGUCGCCACCAUCAUUCCAGCCUGUGUCCGAGCCGCGACUGAGGGCAGGCCGGUCGGGUCCACUAACUGCAGGGGAGAGACCCACCCAUCUGAGGGGAGGACCCACCCCGUCUGCAGGGGGAGGGCCCACUCUGUCAGCGGGGAGGCCGGUCGCGCCGCAGGCGGUUCCUCGCGUGGUCAGCUCUGUUAAUCGAUGGGUAGUUGAUGGCCGUGUUGUCGACUCGGAGACGUGGUUAUUUGUUUUAUAUAGAUUAUUUACCGUGUGUAGCGUGGUGCCGUAGCGAGCUGUGUAGCGCCGCGGCCCAACAGAUGUGCGUUUAUCCGUCGGCAACUCCAGCAAUUCCAUUGUGUUGUAGCGAGUGCAGGGGCGGCCGAGAAACACGGAGCUUGUGCGGGUUGUGUUACCUCGUUGGAGGUCACUGAACUGAUCAGACCCCUGACCAUCGACGCCCAGAGAACCCCUUCACGGGACCCGGGACGGAAUCGCGCCCCCCCCCCCCUCUCCUCGGCAGCAGCUGCUAUGCACGACGCCAGUCGCCAGCAGUGAGCGCAGGCGCUGCAUAUCCGCGUAUACGGGGCACAGAGAGUGACCGUUGCUGGUCCAGUCACAAUAAUCGUCUGUCGCCACGGCGAUCGGAGUUGUGGCUAUGUGGGAGUGAAAGGCGGUGUGCGGACGGACGAAUGUUGUACGUGACGAGCGGACGGCGUGCGGUGUGGAUGUGACGUGCGGCGCAGCUCCGCCAGCUAUGCUCUCGCUGAACGGCUUCAGUGCUGUCCCUCACCGUCUCUGUGAACUCGCCUGGCGCGGCGCAACUCCCAAUAACGGCACACGGCGUCGGUGACCUGUAUUUGGCGCAGCCGUCGCCGGUAGCUAGCGUCUCUAUCUCUGUGUGGUAUGUAGACAGUGGCCCAUCCUUGUGACACGUCCCUGAAAUAUACCGUAUGAGCAGC